GCCUUGGCUAUAAAUAAAUAUUACCUCUGGUUAAUUUUUGCCAUUGGAUUUCCCGGAAAUUUGGCUUCCAUUGUGACGAUAUUUCGCAUGCGCAGUCUUGGCUCCUUCACGCUGUACGUGGUGCUGUUGGCGGUGAUGGACAACCUGGCCCUUCUCCUCAAACUUACCAUCUACCAGCUCUUGGUCGACAAGAUCAACAUUGCCACUUCCGGUUGCCGGAUAUUAAUUUUCCUGGCAACGUUCUGUAAUUCCUACGCCAACUGGAUCCUCGUCCUGAUGGCGGCCGAGCGGCUGGUCGCCGUCAGGUAUCCUCUCAAGAUUCAGGAAUACCUCGGCUACAGGAAAUCAAUCAUGUGGAUUUGCAUUGUCGGAGUCGUCAUCGCGGGCGCCUAUGCCCCCAUUCUGUGGAUGUUCUAUUACAACACCGAGUUCACGACGUGCCUGGUUACCCCUGAUUCAGCUGAUCUAAUGAAAUACUUGCACUGGACCAACAUUUCCCUGUCUGCCUUCAUACCGUUUCUUUGCCUGGCGGUGUUCAACGUGCUCAUCAUGCGAGUGAUCCGCCAGUCCUUCCGUCUUAGGAACGCUCUCAGGAACGUCAACUCCACCCCGCUGGCCCGAAGGUCAAGCUGUUACGACAUCUCCAUACAGCGGCAGAUCAUGUUGAUGCUGUUCACGGCUACCCUCGUGUUCGUCGUCUUCCUGUUUCCGCUGUGUGCCUUGAAUGUGGCCAAUGUGUACUGGGACGUCGAGCCGAGGUCGCUGGGCCACGCCAUCAAAUACCUGUGCAGCCAGAUCGCCUUCCUUCUCUUCGACUCAACGCACGCGCUCAAUUUCUACCUGUACUUCCUAAGUGCCCGCAAGUUCCGGAGUCACUUCCUGAGAAUGUCUUCGUGUUCUGCCCCCAACGACAGGCCCACUAGCAUGUAA